AUGGAGACGCAGCUCCGGCGACGCGAGCAGGAGUUUGCGUCGCGGCGAGAGUUGUUAUCGGCGCAGCUUGAGGCGGCGAUUUUCUCCGCGAACGAGCGCGAUAACGAGGCAUUGAUGAGAAAUCAAGAAGCGCGAAAGGAGGUGCGCGCGGCGAAGCGCGCUGCGGCGGAUUACGUGCUCAACGACGCGCAGAGGCGAGAGUUUUCACUCAAGGCGGGAUGGUGCGCUCGCUAUUAUCACUUGUUCAUCGCUCUCGGACUCGGACCCGUGGAUGAAGACGUGCGAGAGGAGGCGAGCGUGUGGACCGAAUCGUUCGGUAUCACUCCCGGCGAGGGAGAGACGCACGAGUCCAUCGUGAAGAGGAUCGAUGCGGUGUUCGUCGAGGCGGCGAAGCGGCCGGUGGCUUCGUAUGAAGUCGAAACUUCGCUCGUACCCUCACCGUCGGAUCUCGACGACGAUGGUGGUGAACCCGCGCCUGAGAGCGAGCCCGUGGACUCGGCGAAGACGUCGCUUCCAACGAGUCUGAAUCCGUCUUGGCCGACGAAUUUCAGGCACGCCGUUAGCGUCGAAAUUGCCAUGAGACACCUCGUCGCGGCUAGAAUAGAGCAACGCGUCGUCGUGGCGCUCGCUGACACGCGCAGAGCGAACGUUUUGGCGCGUCUCCGUCGAUCUACGACGACGUCCUCGACGGACGAUUCCAGCGCGCUGAGCGACGACGAGAUGAACGAGUUCCACUUCCGGCGCGCGUGGCUCAGACUCAUGUGGGCGCGGGCGAGGGAGGCGGGCAUCGAUCUCGGGAUCGCGGACGAACGCGAGGAUCACUGGCUGGCAAGGAUGAAGGUAAUGACGUCUCCCGAAAUGAAGGAUCCGUCACACUUCAAACGCGACGCGCUCGCGAUAGACAAGGGUUUGAAGGAGUUGAGAUCGACGCUCGUAGAGUCGAGAUUAUGGCGACAAGUGUAA